AUGGGCGUCGAUAGACAAAUUCUCAUCGAGGGAGACAACGUCACCAAGCCAAAGGCCGGACAAACCGUCACCUGCCACUACGUGCUCACUCUUGAGGGCGGAAAGAAGGUCGACUCGUCUCGCGAUCGUGGACAACCCUUCAAGUUCAAGAUCGGAAAGGGAGAGGUCAUCAAGGGAUGGGACCAGGGUGUCGCUCAGAUGUCCGUCGGCGAGAAGUCGAAGCUCACUAUCUCGCCAGACCUCGGCUACGGAGCCCGCGGAGUUCCACCACAAAUCCCAGGAAACUCCACCUUGAUCUUCGAAGUCGAGCUCCUCGGAGUUAACUAA